UCCGCGCACCGCCCGCCGCCGCUCACGGCCCGGCCCGCGGCUGGCCUGCGAACGAGGAAGGAAGUAAAUGCGAAAGGAACGCUGAGAGCGCGGUAACCACCGCUGCGGCGGGUCAGAAAGGCCCUGCUGUGGAACAGGCGGCGCUGCCGGCAGAACCGGGGCGCAAAGCAGCGCUAAUAUGGAAGAUCACGGUCAGAGCGCAGCGGCUCCACGACCACCGGCGGUGCCCGCAGAGCCCUCCAGGAAGAUCCUCUGAGGCGGAGUGCGCAGGCUCGGCUCGGUGCUUGCAUCCCGGGAAGGCCGGCACGGAGGUGAGGCAGGGUCGUCCCGGCCGCGUCCGGCGGUUCUGGGUGACAGCGGCCGCGUGCCCGCCAUGUCGCACAGCGGCGAGUCCUCGCCGGCCUCGCGGGGCCGCCGCUCGCGCCCGCCACACGCCCAGGAGGACACGGCGGAGACGGCGGGCGAGAGGCUCCGGCAGCUCAACAUCGACGAGGGCGACGACAGGGAGCACAACAGGAUGAUCCGCAGCCAGUAUCGGGAGCUCAUCUCCACCGUGCAGCAAAAUCGAGAGGCUAUGCUGAAUUCUAAAAGCAACAGACUAACAGAAGCUUUGGAAGAAGCCAAUAGACUUUUUGAUGGAGUUUGCCGUGCACGAGAGGCUGCACUGGAUGCCCAGUUCCUUGUUAUAGCAUCCAAUAUAGGAAAGGAGAAGGCCAAUGAGUUACACUCAGAGAUGUCAGCAUUUGACUCAACAGCAUUUGAAGAAGACUUGCUGACUUUUAUGGGUGUAAAUCGCACAGAAGUAGAAGAAACUGAUGACUCUGAGGAUGGCUCAGGUGUAUUUUUACCUAGUGAUGCCUGGAAGACAGUAGGAGGAGAAGCACUCAAGUACUUCAGGAGAGCACCUACUUUUCACUACAUGAUGGGAUCUUUCAAGUCUGAACCUCCUGUACCAAAGCAACGGAUUGAGAGGCAGAAGAAAGCUAGCAGAGGAAAAGCAGAACGGGCAAUGCCUGCUCAGUUAAAAAAAAUGGAGGAGUCUCAUCAAGAAGCUACAGAAAAAGAAGUAGAGAGGAUCUUGGGGAUACUGCAGACUCAUUUUGAAAAUGAUCCUAAUACACCCAUUUCCUUCUUUGAUUUUGUGAUUGAUCCGAACUCGUUCUCACGCACUGUGGAAAACAUGUUUCAUGUGUCCUUCCUUAUCAGGGAUGGUCUUGCAAAAAUAAGGUUGGAUGAAGAUGGAUUGCCAAUAAUAGAGCCUCUGAAACCCAGCGGGGGAGAGGAGGACAGCAGAGCUGGAGCACGCAACCAGGUGGUCUUAAGUCUGGACCAGAAAGAAUGGCAGGAGAUCAUAGAAACAUUUCAGAUAAGAGAAGCCAUGAUUACCCCUCUUCCUCAGAGCACUGAAGAGGAAAUGGAGACAGAGUAAAUAUUCAAGUAAGUUCUUUUCACAAAUCAAACUCAGUAAGCUCCUUAUGCACAUGGGAGAACUUCAGGGAAACUAUGUGUGACUUAAAAAUGCAGAAGGACUGUAAGCAGGGUGACUGUAACAUCUGGAACUGCUGUGUUCUUGUCCUCUUCAUGAAACAAAAUGUAAUCUGGCCUUGUAUGCAAUAACUGGGAAAAAAGCCCUUUAUUUUUGACUUUGAUGGUCACUUAAGUGAUGAGUUAUUUUUUGGGACUUCAUACUCAGAAUGCAGUGUUGGAAAGAAUCACAACUUAGUUUUUCUGUUUCUUUACUUCCUGACAGCUGAUUUUGUUAAUAAAGUAGUUCUGAAGAAGGACUUAGAGGGAACCAGGCUGUCUUCUUGUCUGCUUCCAUAAAAUUGUUCCAAUGAUAGGACUGAAGUCCUUACUGUCCCAGUUAUUUGGUCAGUUCCGCAUCUUAAUGCAUAUUGUCUUACUGUUUUCUGUUUUUUUUCUUCUCUUUAGGUGCCUUAAAAAAAUGCUUCAAAACAUUUGUUUCAACAAUUGUUUUAUAUGUAUAUGUUGUAAAAUUAAAUUUAUUUUUUCUGAAACAUCUCAA